AUGUCAGCUACUCCAAACCCCAAGGCCUUUCCAUUGGCCGACGCCAACUUGACUCAACAAAUUUUGGAUGUUGUUCAACAAGCUUCCAACAUGAGACAGUUGAAGAAGGGUGCCAACGAAGCUACAAAGACUUUGAACCGUGGUAUUUCUGAGUUCAUCAUCAUGGCUGCGGACUGUGAGCCUAUCGAGAUUUUGUUGCAUUUGCCUUUGCUUUGUGAAGACAAAAAUGUCCCAUACGUCUUUGUCCCUUCUAGAACUGCCUUGGGUAGAGCUUGCGGGGUUUCCAGACCAGUGAUCGCCGCCUCGAUCACCACCAAUGACGCUUCCGCCAUCAAGUCUCAAAUUUACGCUGUCAAGGACAAGAUCGAGACGUUGUUGAUUUAG